AAGGAGAUGUGGAGGUCUUAGUCCCCAGUACUUCAGAAUGUGAACUUAUUUGGGAAUAGGGUCAUUGGAGGUGCAACUUGGUGGGAUGGGGUCAUACUGGAGUAGAAUGGGCCCCUAAUUCAGUGUGACUGGUGUCCUAAGAAGAUGGCCCGGUGAAGAGACAGAGACAGGGAGAAUGCCAUGUGAAGAUGGAGGCAGAGACUACAGUAAGGCAUCUACCAGCCAAGGAACACAAGGAUUGCCAGCUGUCACCAGAAGCUAGGAGCGAGGCUUGAACAGGUGUCCCCAGGAGCCUGCAGAAGGAAGCCACCCAGCCAACACCUUCAUUUCAGACGUCUAACCUCCAGAACUAUUUUCCUCCUGGGUUCCUGACCCGUUGACCCAUCAGCUUCCCGGACAGUCCCUCCUGGAUGCCCCACAGGGAUUCAAGAUGCUGCAGGAUGUGGCUGUGAAUGAACCACAAGAGGAUGCUAAGCACCAGGUCUAUACUCAGUGGAAUUUCUGCAAGGAAGAGAUGCUGGAGGAGGAGACAGAGCUGGUCUCACCAGAUUCUGAGACCAGGAAUAAGAUGAAAGAUUGGAAGUCAAAGAUGGAAAUUUCUGAAGAAAAAGAUUCAGCAAGGGCUGUAUCAGAGAGACUCCAAAGACAGCUCUCCCAGGAAUGUGGGUUAGUCAAAACCGGUGAUCCUGAGGACAGGGUAGUGAGGUAUUGGGUAAGUCCCUUAGAGGAUGCAGUGGGACAUCUCCCUUCUGAAGGGAGAGGUUUCAGGGAAGUGAAUCUGAUCCCCAAGAAAGCCAUGGCAGGAGAGAGAGGCCAUGGAUGCAAGGAAAGAGAAAAAAUACUUUCUGCAGGAGAAAGAUCCCACAGAUAUGAAGUCUGUGGCCAGAGCUUCAAACAGAAGUCAGAAGUAACUGAACAUCAGAAAAUAGACAAUAUGAAGAAAGCCUAUGAAUGUAAGGAAUGUGGAAAAACUUUCAAUCGGAGCUCAAACCUGAUUAUACAUCAGAGAAUUCAUACAGGAAAGAAACCAUAUGUAUGCAGUGAAUGUGGAAAAGACUUUAAUCAAAGUUCAAAUCUUAUUAUACACCAGAGAAUUCACACAGGAAAGAAACCUUAUAUAUGUCAUGAAUGUGGAAAAGACUUCAACCAGAGCUCUAACCUGGUUCGACAUAAGAGAAUUCAUAAUGGCGAGAAUCCCUAUGAAUGUAAAGAGUGUGGGAAGGCCUUCAAGGGAAGCUCAAACCUUGUCCUGCACCAGCGAAUUCAUAGCGGGGGGAGGCCGUAUGUAUGUAAUGAAUGUGGGAAGACCUUCAAUCAAAGCUCAGAUCUUAUUAUCCAUCAUAGAAUUCACACUGGAGAGAAACCCUAUGAGUGUUAUGAAUGUGGACAGACCUUCAGUCAAAGUUCACACCUUGUCACACACCAGAGAAUUCAUACUGGAGAGAAACCCUUCAAGUGUAGUGACUGUGAGAAGGCCUUCAGGCAGCGUUCACGCCUCACUGAGCACCAGAGACUCCACCGCGGGGAGAAACCCUAUGCAUGUCGUGAAUGUGGGAAAUCCUUCAGAGGGCACACGGCCCUUCUUAAACAUCAGAGACUACAUACUGGAAAGGAACUUGAAUGUGAAAAAGCCUGCACAUCUGACAUGGACCUUAUCCAACAACAGAGAAUUCAUAGGGAAGAAAAACCUUAUGAAUGUACUGAGUGUGGGAAAACUUUCCGGGGAAGUUCUGAUCUAAUUAGGCAUUGGGUAACUCACACUGGGGAGAAACCCUACGAAUGCAGUGAAUGUGGGAAAGCUUUUAGCCAGAGGUCGCACCUCGUCACCCACCAGAAAAUUCACACUGGAGAGAAACCCUAUCAGUGCGAUGAAUGUGGGAAGGCCUUCCGGCAGCGUGCGCUCCUUAUCCGGCAUCACAGAACUCACAGUGGUGAGAAGCCCUACACGUGUAGGGAAUGCGGAAAAUCCUUCAUCUGGCACACGACUUUUCUCAAACAUCAGAGACUUCGUGCUGGAGAGAAACUUGAGGAAUGUGAGAAAACAUUCAGCAAGGAUGAGUUGCUUAGAGAAGAGCAGAGAAUUCGGCAAGAAGAGAAAGCUUAUAAGUGCAGCCAGUGUGGUAGAACUUUCCAAGGCAGCUCAGACCUCACCCGACAUCAGGUAACCCAUACAGAAGAGAAACCCUACGGAUGUAAAGAAUGUGGGAAAACUUUCAGUCAGAGCUCAGACCUUAUGAGACAUCACAGAAUUCAUAGCGGAGAAAAGCCUUAUGUAUGCAGUAAAUGUGGGAAAUCUUUCAGGGACAGCUCAGAUCUUACUAAGCACCACCGUGUUCACACUGGAGAGAAGCCCUACAAAUGUCCUGAAUGUGGGAAGGCCUUCAGUCAGAACUCACACCUUGUCAGUCACCAGAGAAUUCACACCGGAGAGAAACCCUUUGAAUGUAGCAACUGUGGGAAAGCCUUCAGUGGACGCACGGCUUUUCUUAAACAUCGGAAACUUCAUACUGAAAAAGAGCCCGGGGAACAUCAGACAGUCUUCAAACAGGACUUACUCUAAGAGGCAACAGAAACCUAAUGAAUGUAGGAAAGCCUGAUGGAGACCACAUCUUAUUGCACUAUGAAGGGUUUUUAUUGCUGAAAACCAUUUGAAGGUCGGAAGACAUUAGAAGAGCCUACUGGAUGGAAAACACGUAAGUGUCAUCAGGUGGAAAAGCUCUUGGACAUAGUAGCCUUUUUUCUGUCUCAUGGUGUAUGGUCCCCAAGAUAGAGUUACUUGGGAAUGCUUUAGGGGCUGUCCAACACUGUUAAAAUCAUUAGACAUCACUUUGCCAACAACCCCCAAACCAAAUUCUUCAUGGAAGGAGCCAUUUCAGUCUUGACUAGGUACCUAGUCCAGUGACAAGUAUAAAUCUGCUUUAAGUACUUUAGGGUGAUUAAAUCUUUCUCUGGGAUGAAUUCUUCCCCUUAAAUAUGUAUUAUAUAUAUGUAUAUAAUAUAUAUAUUCCCCUUUUAUCUUCCUUAUAAAAAUAUGCUUAUGCAUAUGUGAUAAUACUAAUUAGAGUGAGCCACUAAUGGAGAAGAAACCAAAAAUAACAGAAAUGACAAGAGGAGAGCUGAAGGCCAGGACGCAAGAGCCAAGCGAGGUGUUCCCCAGAGAAAGAGUGGUGACCGCUAGCAGUGUCAGGAAAUGAAGGAGCAAGGGAUAGCACGGGGGUGUGAGGGACAGGACUAGACCAAGUGCCAGGCAGAGCACUUAGGAGACGUGAGUUGGUGGGCAUUAGAAGAAAGCAGUGACUAUGAAGGGUCAGGUGAUUAGAGUGGUUUUAUCUUGAACCAGGGCUUUGUAAUUAUUUGAGAAUUGGAGAGUCUAAGUGGAACUCUGAAAGAGAGCAGUCAUCAUUUACUCUGAUAACUGACACUGGUCAUUCAGCCCUGCCUAUCUGUACAAUCAAACUCAAUUGUCCAAUAUUUCUCGUACCCUGAACAGACUGUAUAUGAAUUUACAGGCAUCAUCAGAUAAGAAAGUUACUGAAUGGGACAAUGUUCAGGCAAGGAAAAUUUCAACCUGGUAUCUUUCCUUGGUGGGAGUAGCUUUUGAGAUGCACAGAGGGGAUCAGUGGUUCUCAACUGGGGUGAUUUUGCUCCCCAGAGGACAUUUGGCAAUGUCCGGAGACAUUUUGGUUGUCCCAACUGGGAGGAAAAUAUUGGCAUCUGUAGGACUAGGGAUGUGGCUAAAUAUCUGACAAGACACAGCUCCCUCACAACAAAGAAUUUUCUGGCCCCCAGUAUCAGUAGUGCCAUGGUUGAGAAACCCUGCCCAUGGAUAUUCAGAACAGCAGUCACCUGGGGCCAUUUAAAGCAGGCAUUUCAGUGCGGUGUGGGCAGUGGCAGUGCAUCCCCAGGGGAACCAGAGGCUGCUAGAAACCUUUGGUUUGAUGAGCUGUUUCAGGAGAGGCAGUGUGGUGUAGUGGAGGGAGCACAGACAUGGGUUUGAAUCCCAGUAUGACGUACUGGCUUUGGAACCUGGAACAAAUUGUAUCUCCUCUGAUCCUUAAUUUAUAACUUAUUUUCCUCAUUAAUAAAAGUUUGAACAGCACUGGAGGCUAUGACUUCCCCAGAGGGGCAUCCUGAACAGUAGUGGGAUGCCUUGAAGUGGGAAGCCCACCCACCGCAUCCCUGAAAAGACUUCAAUCAGAGCUCUAACCUGGUUCGACACUUCACACUCCCAGCUACCUACACAUUUAACUUUUUGAAAGCAGGGAACUAUGUUUUUGUAUCCUCUCACCUCCAAUCCAGGCAGACCCAAAUUUACAUAUAUAUUUUUGUUCAAUAAAUGCUUGAAUUAAUGUCCAGGUUCAUGAUUUUCUAGUUUUGUUGUUGAAACCUAUAAUCACCACAGGAGCAGAGUAUAUGUAACUUUCUUUCCCGCUUUUCUUUCUGUUCUAGAUAGACCCAUAAACUAGACACUGCAGAAAAAAACUCAGGUUAAACUAUAUUUUGCUUGGGCACAGUAUCCAUUUAUUUCAAAUUAAACUUGGUGGCUGGUUU